GCGAUGACUCGCUCACUCCUCAGGAGAGGGACGGACUAAGAUGUUUCAUGAAGAGUAGAGCCAUGCCGGCUGAGUUAGAGCAACUGUCCCUGAGCUGCAACACCAACCUGCGAUCCGCUGAAUGCGCGUUCGAUUCCGACGCNACGGAAAGCAGCUCAGGAGGAGAAACUGAUGUGGAGGAGGAUGAACUGGCUCGGGUCGACAUCGAGCAACGCCACAUUCCUCUAUGUAGGAGAGCAGAAGGCCGUUAUGCCGUUGACCGAGCUGCCAUCAUCAGUCACUGGAACUGGCUGCAGGCCCAAGUCUCGGAUCUGGAGUACCGUAUACGCCAACAGACCGACAUUUACAGACAAAUCCGCUCCAGCAAGGGCUCUGUUGUACUUGGGGAGAGCUCAGUGUGUGAGUCAGUACCAGAAGACAACAGUGACUCAAGGACAGAGACCAUUACCUGCCCUGUCCCACGGGAGCAUGAUACUGUUGCAGUGGAAACAUCUGUAUCAUCCAAUGCUAUCAUCACAGAAACAGGCUUGAGGAAAAGCUGUGGAGCUGUGAGACAGGUCAAUGGUGUUAUCAACAGCUUACGGCCCAGUUCCCCUGUCACCUUGGACCGAGACGAGCAGAGCCGCUCUGAGUCCCAGCAGAAGCUGGAGAUGGGCCCUCAGGCUUCCCGUGCACACGACAACACAUGCGUCGCGGCCCGCACUCGUCCACUGCUCUCAUGCAGGAAACGCAGAGUCCUCCGGCCCGGCUCACUCACCAGUCUCAAUCGUAAGGCUCAGAGGUCAGUGGCUCCUCGCUGUGGCUGUGAGCUGAACGCUCAGUGCGUGAUGUGCAGUGGACGUGCUCUCCCUCCUGCAGACACCCAGCACCAGCUCCCUCUACUGGACAGACUGGCGCAGUUCGACCCCUGCGUUCACCCCAUCCUCUCAUUUACAGACGAUGUGAUGAUGAAUCUACAUAUGCAGCGUGUGCUGAAGGGACACUGGCAGAAUCGUCUUCUGGAGAAGAUCAAGCCCAUCAAGAAGAUGUCGCUCAAGCACAAGUUGUGUUUGGGUAGCCGCAUCUCAGACCCGUCAUCCAAAGACAAACACAAGCUCGCCAGCUCUCUCCUCUCCACAGUCCGUUCGUCGCAUCCUAAGGUUCGCUCAGAGAAGGUCUUUCAGCAGCAGUUAGACAUCCCAAUCAGUAAACAUGACUCUCGCAGGCCUUUCCACCAGAGCAGUUCUUUUGACAGGACUCACGGCCAAAAGAGACCUCGUGAACCCUCGCUGGACCGUACUGAGAAUGCUCCAAAGUUGAAUAUGGACGUGGGGAGUCCAUGCCCAUCUCUGUCUGCUCUCAACACACCCACCCACAGUCCUCUGAUGAGACAGCCGUCAAUCUCCGAGACCUCCACACCUCUCCACCUCAACAGCAGCACUGCCACUAUUCGCCGACGGAGAGGAGAGAGCCCAUUUGACAUCAAUAACAUCGUCAUCCCCAUGUCUGUGGCCGCCACCACCCGAGUGGAGAAACUACAGUACAAAGAGAUCCUUACCCCAAGUUGGCGAGAAGUGGACACUUUUGCAAAACCAAUAUCUGAAGAGGAUGAUGCUGUGGAGAUUGAGGAUCUCUCUGACGUCACGUUCUCUCAGCUUCACCUUCCGUGUGAGGAGCAGGAGCGCUCUCGCUGGAGUUGGACUGCCAGCAACAUCGCAAAGAGAAGGGGCAGCAGGUCAUACAAGUCUGUGGACGGACGGACAACCCCCUUGCUGUGUGGCACAAACCCCUCCACACCACAGCCCUCGUCUCCAGACACGGCACAUUUCCACAUGCUGCAUGAUUACAACUCGGUGGCAUCUCCAUCCAGCCCUGUCAGUCCAGAGAUGCUGAUGCUGUCCGGCCUCCACACGCCCGGCUACAGAGACUCCCAACGACUGCUGUCCAAUGAGGACACGCGCUGCUCCACCCCAGAUACCUAUGAGGAAAUGGCUCCCCAGCCGGUACAGCCAUGGGAACGCCGGACCUUUCCCCUGGAUGUGGAUCCACAGCAGGAGAGCGAAAUCCUACACAGUCCAGAUGGCGAGAGGUCCUGUAGGAACAUUCGACGGGUGUCUGGGAGCAGGUCGUCCAAAUCGGAGUCUGACGCUGGGCCUUCAUCACCUCUCGGCGAUGACGGCGCCAAACAAAAACAAACCAAUCCACCCAAACCUACUCACCGAUGAAGCCUAGACUCUGCCCACCCACCGAACCCCCCGCCCACCAGCUUUCACAAACUCCUGACACAGCAGCAUCAUUGAUGGGAAAAAACAACAACAACAACAAAACGAAUGAAAGUCCCUGUUGUUUGAUAUUCAAACAUCAGUAAAUUCUUUCACGGUUUUUAGUGAAUUGUAUGGAGAUAUAUAUGAAGACCAGUUUUAAUUCAGUCUCGCUUUUGGGUCACUGGAGAAAAAAUAUGUUUCAAAAAUAAAAAGGAAGAAAGAAGCUUGAGAGCUAAACCAAAAUAAGAAGCUCUGAAACGUAUCGUAUAUCGCAGAAGAGCACUUCCCCUUAACAUGCUGUCGUACUGAGGGGCUCGGCUCGAUAUUUCCAAUAUCCCACCUAAAAUUACUCAUUCAGGUUUGCAGUUUAUACUGGAGUGAUAAAACGCAAAAACAAAGCCAAUGAUAAUGAUUGCAAGAGACUUGCACGAAGGCGCAGAAGCCUGUCUUUGUUCUUUCUGUGUGAAAGCACUUCAAAUUCUUUUUCUCUACACAUUCCCUGCCUAUUAUUUUAAACAGACAAACUUGCCCGAGAAUUUCAUAAAUUCCACUUUCUGGUUUCAUUUCAGUCCCAUGUUCUCGUUAAAACCGUGGUUUGUCUGUGCCCCACUUCUGUCAAAGUGACGGAGAGAGCAGGUGCCAGAAAACGAAACUGCCGUGUCGCUCUCAUGCGCCUUUUAAACGCCACCGUUUGAUUAGAGCACUUAAUUGGUCUCUUGCAUGACACGAUUGCCAGUGAACUUAAAAUCAGCACCUGAAUGUGCAGGAUGUGCUAACAUUUGAGACAAGAUGGCUCUUUCUCAUGUGGGCUUGCAUUAGUGUGAAUUUUAAAGCACUUGACGUCGCUGUGCAUGAUCAGGUUAGUCCAGAAACCGUGCAGUCACUCCAAUAUAAACUGAAAUUUGCUGCCACUUGACUCGGCUUUUCUUCGAUUUCGUUCUAACCCUAUAUAAAAGAGCCCUUCCAUUGAUUGGUCAGGUCUACACUCGGUUUAAUAAAACAAUCUGCAGUACCUACACCCAUCAUCGAAUCCCGUAACUUGAUGUUCGAGUAAUAAUGUUUGCUGAAGUGCUUGAUAGGAAAGGACAUGGCAAAUUUUCAUUCGUUGGCUCCUCAGUUGCUGGCGGUCACAGCCCCGUUUUUCCAUUGUGUAACGAUGAGGAACGAUUUCUGUUAGUUCCCCAGUCAGUGAGUCACUGCUUGCAACGCCUUCCUGUUAUUUUAACUAAUACGAAUGUACAAGUCUAAUAGCGGACACCAGUUACUUAAGAUUUUUAUAAGUAGCUUCUCUGUAUCUGUCGUCACAUGUUUCUAGCUAUUGUAGCCAUUUGUUCUUGUUAAAGGGAUGUCAUGUAAACCAGAAAUCCUUAAUAUAUUCCUUUUAUCUCACUGG